AACUAACUACCCUGUCAACUUUUCUCUCCUAUAUCCUCUUGUUCCCCUCCACCACCAGGAAGGGCAGGGAUAAAGGCAGCCAGAGAGGCUUUUUCACUUUCUCUUUUACAUUCCAAAGUCCAACAAACCCUAAUUAAACAUUUAAACACAUCACAAAAUAUGAAUUUUAAGCCCUGGCUCGCUCUGCUCCUCCUGGCCCUGGCCAUGGCCAUGGUGGCUGAAGCUUCCAAAGUACAUCAAGAAUACGGGUUUGGUGCUGUGGGAGAUCUCAUUGGAGACGACAAUGAGAUGUUGCUCGAUUCUGAAUCCAACCGUCGCACACUCGGGAGCCGACAAAGAUACAUCAGCUAUGGUGCCCUUAGGGCAAACAACGUGCCAUGUGGCAGGCAUGGACGGUCCUACUACAAUUGCCAACAGAGGGGUCGUGCCAACCCUUACUCUCGUGGCUGCAGCCGCAUCACACAUUGUGCUAGGGACACCAGCAGUUAAAUGAUGGAACAAGCGAAGUGGGAAAAGAAGAUAUAUACGUAUAUAUAUGUGGUAUAAUAACUAUUGUGGCUGGCUUUUGUUCUAUGAACAGAGAUUCUGGAAUAACUUGUAGUUUCUGGCCACACUUACAUGUAAGCCUCCCAUUGGAAUAUUUAUAUUUUAAAUACAUAUAUGGUUAUUUUAUUUAUUUGUUUGGGAGGUCGCUUAUUUAAUUUCGAUUGUAUGUGUGUGAUGCUAAUAUGGGACCGAAUUGGUCUUUCUAUAUAUUCUUUAUGUAAUCUGUGUAUAA